CGGAAGCUGACGGGGGCGGGGGCGGAGGCGGCGGCGGAGGCGGAGGCGCCUCGGGCCCGCGGGGGUUGCGGCUCUGUCCUCGACUCUCGGCUCGUCCGGCUCACGCCCGGCAGCAAUGCAUCCCCCGCCUCCGGGCCCGUUGGGCGACUGCCUGCGGGACUGGGAGGAGCUCCAGCAGGACUUCCACGGCAUCCAGGAGACCCACCGGCUGUACCGCCUGAAGCUGGAGGAGCUGACCAAGCUGCAGAACAACUGUACCAGCUCCAUCACUCGGCAGAAGAAGCAGCUCCAGGAGCUGGCCCUUGUCCUGAAGAAAUGUAAACCCUCCCUCCCGUCAGAGGCCAAGAAAGCUGCGCAGGAGCUGGAAAACCAGAUCAAGGAGCGACAAGGCCUUUUCUUUGAUAUGGAGGCCUACUUGCCCAAGCAGAAUGGGUUGUAUCUGAGCCUGGUUCUGGGCAAUGUCAACGUGACACUCCUGAGCAAGCAGGCUAAGUUUGCCUACAAAGACGAGUACGAGAAGUUCAAGCUCUACCUCACCAUCAUCCUCAUCCUCAUCUCCUUCACCUGCCGCUUCCUCCUCAACUCCAGGGUGACAGACGCUGCCUUCAACUUCCUGCUGGUCUGGUAUUAUUGCACCCUGACCAUCCGUGAGAGCAUCCUCAUCAACAACGGCUCCCGGAUCAAAGGCUGGUGGGUUUUCCAUCAUUACGUGUCCACGUUCCUGUCAGGAGUCAUGCUGACAUGGCCCGACGGCCUCAUGUACCAGAAGUUCCGGAACCAGUUCCUGUCCUUCUCCAUGUACCAGAGCUUCGUGCAGUUCCUCCAGUAUUACUACCAGAGCGGCUGUCUGUACCGCCUGCGGGCCCUGGGCGAGAGGCACACCAUGGACCUCACUGUGGAGGGCUUCCAGUCCUGGAUGUGGCGGGGCCUCACCUUCCUGCUGCCCUUCCUCUUCUUUGGACACUUCUGGCAGCUUUUUAACGCGCUGACGUUGUUCAACCUGGCCCGGGACCCCGAGUGCAAGGAGUGGCAGGUGAGCCGGGCCCUUGGAGAGGACGCCGGGAGGGCCGGGCCUGGCUUCUGUCUUGACCCCGAUUCCUCCCCCAGGUGCUCAUGUGUGGCUUCCCCUUCCUCCUCCUCUUCCUCGGCAACUUCUUCACCACCCUGCGGGUUGUACACCAGAAGUUCCACAACCAGCAGCACGGGAGCAAGAAAGAAUGAGGCUGGGCCUUUCCCACCUGCCGGCAUAGCUCUCUACUGCACCCCCGGCCUGGAAGGGGCUUCUGAACCCCAUGUGUUGAGGGGGUGGGGGCUCCUCUUGUCUGGGAGGGUCUGUCUGCUCUCCCCUGGGUUUUGUGGGCUCUGUGGGCCCUGAAGGCGGCGCUGGAGAGGAAGACCCGGGCCUGUGUCUCCGUCUGCGGGAGCCGGGGGCCAGCGGCCUCAAUAAAGGGCGAGAGGCUCAGA